AUGUCGGUUCUUACUGAACGAACACUAGUUGUUGAACGUGGUUUAGCUUUACAUAAAAUGAUUCGUUUAGUAACGUAUGCAUUAGGUGGAGAAGCUUGGUUGAAUUUUGAAGGAAAUGAAUUUGGUCAUCCAGAGUGGCUUGAUUUUCCUCGAGAAGGAAAUAAUGAAAGUUAUAAAUAUGCUCGUCGGCUUUUUUAUUUAUGUGAAGAUGAUACAUUGAGAUAUAAAUAUCUUAAGGCAUGGGAUAAAGCAAUGAAUGAUUUGGAAGAAGAAUAUAAAUGGUUAACAGCAACAAAUACAUUCGUUAGUCGGAAAAAUGAAGGUGAUAAAGUUAUAAUAUUCGAACGUGGUGAUCGUGGUCUGAUGUUUAUAUUUAAUUUUCAUGGCAGUAACAGUUACGCUGAUUAUCGUAUUGGAUGUGGUCAAAGUGGAAAAUAUAAAAUUGUACUUGAUUCGGAUGCAAAAUCUUUUGAUGGACAUGGAAGAAUUAAUGAUGAACAAAUCUUUGUUGCUGAGAAUAUCAUGUGGGAUGAUCGACCAUUUUCAUUUCAGGUUUAUACUCCAUGUCAGACUGUGCUCGUUCUUGCUUUAGCUGAAGAGAAAUGUUGA